AUGUCAAAAGAUUUAGAUCCAACCGGCGGAAUGUUUGGUGGACAGAAAGAUACUAUGAUGGGAAAAAUUGUAGGUCCAGGAAAACCAGAUUCACAUACAUCUGCUCCACCUGGUGCUAAAACUGAUGUUAUUAAUCCGAAUCAACCGGCUGAUCCAAAUCGUGAUCAUGAACCAAAGAUUAACUUUCAAAAGGAACCAAUGCCAGGUCAAGGUCCUCAGACUGGUGGUUUACAUUGA